AUGGAAGCCUUGGUGCAUGUAAAUGUCGUGAAGCUCUACCUACGGCCCAGUGAUUACCCCACGGACCCGAACGGCGGGACACUGAUUUUCAUGGAGUGUUGCGAAUGCGGAAACUUGAAAACUGCAAUCAAAAACGCUGAACUGGUCUACAACGUGGCAACCGUCAUCACCUGGGCAACAGGGCUAUAUGAUGGAUUAUCGCACAUUGCAGAGGCCGGCAUAGUGCAUCACGACAUCAAGCCGGCAAAAUUCGAAGAACGAUGGGACUCUGUCGCUGAAUUGAAGGAACUGCCGCUGAAAUACAUUUUUAACCCAAAUAAGCCGCCCACCGGCGCGCAAUCAGAUAUUUGGGGCGUCGCUGCGAAGCAGGGAACUAUGCAACAAAAGAAAGACGAGCCCAUGCUACAAGACUUCCUCGACGCUCAUGCGUUUUAUGAGAGGGCGUUCCGAUACCUAAUGUAUUGGCAGUUAGAGGAGAUGCACUAUGUCCUCUAUUUACUUAUUGGAAAACUCCUAAACGACGACAAAUGGAAGAUGGUAAUGCCGAAAUACCCGUUCUUUGUGAUGGGAAAUGGACAUAAACUUGGUGCUAUGCUUCGGCUUUGGGAUAGAGACACCGACACAAAUGCUCAGAUCCCAAAAUUAAUCGGAAGAGGCUUUCACCCAGUGUCGCUGGACGACGAAGCACUCCGUGUCGAAAAUGAGCACUAUAUGAAGACGAGUAGACGUGAUUGUGAAAUGGAAGCGAACAAACAAAUUGAUCGAAAAUGGGAUUUUGUGGCCUACGCUGAUUUUCCGGACGCAUUUGCUGGCGUGAUGAUGGUGGAUUUGUCUGAUCUGCGCGCGAUGUUGCAAAGCAUGUUCGACCGAUUGCGGAAGCUUGUCAAAAUGGGCAACCCCUAUCUGAGCGAGGAACAGAUCCAGCUUCAAAAUGAGCGCGACAAAGAUCACAAGGACUACAAAGUAUUUAUGGCAACCACCAUUGACGCUUUUUGGAAUUCAAGGAAGAUAACGAAGGUCCUCGACAUUCACGUCGAAAAACUGAAAGCAGAAAUCAAUGCAUUUAACGCGAAAAGAAGA